UUGGCAGGCGCUGGUGAUUAUUGAAAAUGGAAGAAACAAGGAAGCUCUUUCCAAAGCCGUGCAAAAGCAAAGAACCUGUGAAAACUGAAUGGGGAUCCCAGUGUGUUGUGUUUACGUAUUUCCAAGGGGACAUUAACAGUGUGGUAGAUGAACAUUUCUCUAGAGCUCUAAGCAAUGCCAAAAACCCCCAGGACCUGAGCACGAAGCAGAGGAGCGAGGCCGUCGCCCUGCGGAACGGUGAGCUGGACAGCAUGUCUCCCCAGCAGUGGAAUUACCCUCCACAUUGCUCCAAGCCGUAUCCGUCGUCGUCUGCUACGGGCAUGUCGAAUCCCGCUCUGAAUUCCGCGGCCGCCGGCACGGCCGGCCAGCACCACCCGCCGGCUCUGCGGGGCCACCCGGCCCAGCCCGCGGGUCUGUGGCCCUUCCCUUCCGUCGGUUCUCCCGGUCUCUCCAGCUCCGUGUAUCACCAUGCCCUGCCUGACCUGCACGUGGCCGAGGAUCCCGUCUCCGACAGGAAAUACGGUUCUCUUCUUGGUCUCCUGCAACAGGAAAGGUGCCUAACGUCCAUGCAGGAAUGUGCCGUGAAGCAACACGCUAGUUCUGCUUGUACUACUGGACCUGCUAGGUUACAAAAUGUAAGCCAAAGUUUGACUCCUGGAGGAGAGAGGAAAGCAAGCUCUUACCAAGGCUCAGAAAACCCCAGUGCAAGCCACGCCACCGCAGGUGUACAGACACACGACAGAAGACGAGAUCUGUACUUUUAGCAACUGGAUGUUUCUGCUUUACUCUUGAAGAGAGAGCUCUUCUGUGAACUCUGAUCAUUUGCAACUGUGAAUCAAGAGGAAAUGGACUGCAGCUAUUCCGUGCUUUUUUCUGUCAGCUGGAAGAAUGCGUGUGCUAUUCACUGUUUUAGGAAUGAAAGUAAUCUGCCCC